CUUCCUCCCUCCCUCCCUCCGCUCCGCUGGAACUGCCCCCCGCGUCCUGUGGUUAAGGGGUUGCUAGGCGACACCCUGGUUACACUGCAAACAUCCUGUGUCCACGGGAGGAGCGGGGAGAGCGGUGCCGGGAUCAUGGCUGACGAUGAAGAAGAGAUUCUGGCCGGCCCUGUGUGCUCUUACCUGACCUACAAGUCGGAGGGAGACCGGCUUUACAUGCGGGGCGAGUACGAGAAAGCCAUCCAGAGCUAUACCCAUGCUCUUCAGCAAGAAUCCAGGAACAAGAACUGUCUAGUUGCUCGCUCACGAUGUCACCUGAUAAUGGGGAACACCACCGCUGCUCUCCAAGAUGCUGAGGCCUCCCAGAUGGGGCGUAAGGACUUCUACAGGGGUGUUUUACCGAAAGCUGAAGUUACCUGUAUGCGAAAUCCUGGUGAGUUUGAACCUUGCGUUGACCUUUUCUAUUCAUCUUCUGAGGCCAGAAGCAAGCUCCGUCCGGAUGAUCAUGGAAUCCAGAAGGCCCGGGAGGCCAUCGACAACUCCGUGGGGAGCCCUUCCUCAGUCAGGCUGGAAACUAAAGGUGACCUGUCCUUCUUUUACAGACGGGAGGAGAAACCGGUCCCAAAAACCAAAUCUCAACUGCGGCGCCAGAAACUAAACCUGAAGCAGCAGCAGCAAAAGAAGCAGGAGCAGGAGGAACCCAAGACCAACAAGACGGUGAAAGUGCUGCUGGGGGAGCUGUACGGAGACAAGGAAUACCUGGAGAAACUGCUGCAGGACAAGGAGCUGGUGAGGACAAACACGGAUUCCGGAGGAACGAUCCAGGACAUGAUAAUGAGCGGGAUCUCCUUCCUCGACACGCGCACCGAGUUCUGGAGGCAGCAGAAGCCCAUCUUCGCCAGAGAGCGCGAGCAGAGGCUGAAGGAACACAGCUGGAAAAGCAACCGGGAGACCGAGGAAACAGUCUUCAUCCUCAAGCGAAUGCUGGAUAUCGAUGUCUUGUUUGCUGACGGGCUGGCGGAGGAGUGCAAGACGAUGGCGCUGGAGCUGGUGACCACGUUGAGAGGGUGGUCGGAGAGAGAGGUCCCCAACAAGAUGGAGUUCCUCGCCCACCUCUACAGCACCAUCGGCAAUGCCCAUGUGGAGCUGGACGACGUGGAAGGGGCCCUGAAGAGCUACGAGAAGGACCUGCACAUCUCCAGGAAGUAUGAUAGCAAACUCGGAAAAUCACGAGCCCUGGACAACAUUGGCAGGAUCUACGCCAGGACUGGCCAGUUUGAAAAGGCCGCAGAGGUUUGGAUAGAGAAGGAGCCUCUCGCCAAAUCCAACUUGGAGCGCACUUGGCUGUUUCAUGAGAUUGGACGCAGUUACCUGGAGCUCGACAACAACGAAGGGGCUCGGGACUAUGGGCUCAAGUCCCUGGCAUCAGCGGAGAAAGCCGGGGAUGAAGAGUGGAAAAUGAAUGCCAAUGUGCUGGUGGCACAGGCUGAAUUUAAACUCAGCAAUCUUCAGACUGCAGUGACAUUCUUUGAAAAGGCCUUGGACAAAGCCACUCUACUGAAUGACGAGGCAGCUCGAGACGCCAUCACUAACGCUCUGCGCAACAUCCAUCUGGAGAUGGAGAUGGAGAAGAGGGCCAAGGAGGAGGAGUUGGAACUGCUGCGUGAGAAGCAGAGGGCCGGCAUGAGGGAUGUGCCAAAGGUGCGAAAUGAUGAUACAGAUGCUGCUGAAUUGAAAAAGACAUCGCCAGAGGAAGAGACUGCAGCAGAAGUGGCGGGAAAAGACCAGGCGGAGGCUGAGGAAGCAGAGGCAGUGGAAGAAGAGGUAGUGGAGGAAGAGACGGAAAAAGCAGCAGAGGAAGAGGAGGAGGAGGAGGAAGCAGAAGAUGCUGAGAAGGAUGAAGAUAAGGAAGAAGAUGCUGAGGAAGAUGCUGAAGAUACUGAAGAAGAAGUGGGUCAAGGAGCGAGAACGGACGCCACUGAGGGGCUAAAGGAGGUGUUAAACGUCUAGAAUAACCCUACCUCUAAUCUGAUAAAAGUCAACAAACCCAACCCCCAUCAGCUCCAUUUUGCUUUGAUUUAAUUAUUCUCUUGUUAAUUGCUCAAGUCUGGUCUAGUAAACAGAGAGUAGAUUUUAUGGAUAUAAAUAAACUUGUUUCUUCUACUUAAUUGCAUUCCCAUUGGGCUCUG